AUUGUUACUUCGCGAAAUAAAACUUUUUUAAAAUCAGCUAAUGAAUUCCAAUAAGUGAAUUAAGUCUUUAAAUUAGUCACGUAGAGUGACUUGAAAACCUUAAAUAUGAUUUUUCAAAUAAAUUAUUUUCUUUGACAAUAUUUACCUCGUUGAAGUAAAGUUGAUUUCUUAGCUGUUUCCGACAACUCUCGCGGAGGAUUUGAGUUAUUAACUUGGCCCGAUUUUAAAGUUAUAAAAGAACGAUUAAUCUUUUCCGGGGGCUCUUUGGAAAAUGACUCUUUGAAAGAACGCUCUAUAAAAAAAAGAACUAUUUUUAUUCGCUGAAGUUAAGUGACUCGUUUUAUGCUGAAAACAGUUUAACUUUCUGAAACUUUUUCUUCGAGUUUCUAGGAAAGAAAUAUUUACUUGACUUUGUUUACUUUAUCAAUGGCUCAUAUUGCUGAAAUGUAUUUUUGACGAAUAUGACAUCGCUUUAUAAAACUUUUUGUUUAGUUUAAUUUGACAUGAGAAAGAGCAACAAAACUUUAUCGGUGCAAAGAAUGAAACAAAAAGUCGGAUUUUUAUCAUUAUUAUGCCACAUCCUGUACUUCCAAGGAAGCCGUGCUUACGUGUAUUCCGGAGGUUCGACGAGUUGGGAAGAUUGGUGGACAUAUGACGGUAUAUCUGGUCCAGACUUUUGGGGUUUGCUAAACCUAGAGUGGAGUUUAUGCAGCAAAGGAAGGAGACAGUCACCAGUAAAUGUAGAUCCAUCCGGAUUACUAUUUGAUCCUAGUCUUCGACCGCUUCAUGUUGACAAAAUAAGGGUCAACGGAGUCAUUACCAACACCGGUCAUGGAGUUAUAUUUAGGACGACUCCACAAACCCACGCAGAAAUUCUAAACAUAACUGGUGGGCCUCUAUCCUACAAGUACCGCUUCAGCGAGAUUCAUAUCCACUUUGCUAGAUCUGAUGAAAAAGGAUCAGAACACUUAAUCUCCGGCUAUCAAUUUCCUGCAGAGCUACAAAUAUAUGGUUACAACAGUGACCUGUAUCAGAACAUAUCAGAAGCUAUGGCUCUUCAAAAAAAUCAAGGUCUCGUAGGCAUAUCUAUUUUAAUGCAGACAGGAGAUCUAUCUAACCCAGAAUUAAGAAUUAUCACGAGCCAACUUCAUAAAAUUGUCCAUCGAGGUCAGGAAGCACAGCUGAAAUAUUUGUCACUGCGUGAUCUUUUGCCUGAAACACCGUACUAUAUGACUUAUGAGGGAUCAACUACAAUGCCCGGAUGUUACGAGACCGUGACGUGGAUCGUAAUGAAUAAGCCCAUUUACAUAACUAAACAGCAGCUUUACGCCCUUCGUCGGUUAAUGCAAGGAGAUGAAAGAAACCCUAAAGCUCCUUUGGCAGACAACUUCCGACCAACGCUGGAUUUAAAUCAAAGAACAAUCAGAACUAAUAUUGAUUUCAAGAGAAGUCCGGGAAGUGAGUGUCCUACGAUGAACAGGCGUGUAGAAUACCAAGCAUCUAGGAGUACUAAAUUGUAAUUGUGGCAUUCAUAUGGAACGAAGAAAUCAACUAACAUUAAGGACCGCCAAAAAGGACCGUGAUAAAAUUUCCAACCCCACUCCCACUUCAAACAAAGAUGAAAAAACAGGCAAAAUUGUCUACAUCCAUGUGGAUAACUUUUGCUCCAAAAUCAUUAUGCCUGAGAAGAUCAUCAUUAAAUGUGCAAAACUUGUAUCCCAGACAUCAUUCUUCAAUUAUGUAAUAAAACUGAAUC